AUGGUGAAAGGAACCAACAGAGGAGCCAACGUGGUGGAACCACAGAACCUUCCAGCCCAAGGAGCAGGGCGAUCCAAUGGUGGGCCAACCCAAUUCGAUAAACAUAUGACUGAAGGAUGGAAAAGAAGAGAUCAGACCCAACAAAAGAAGGGGAAGUUUAUAGACCCUGUCUAUACGAAGCUAAACACACCAAUCUCAGAGAUCCUCAAGAAGAUCGAUGGACAGAACACAAUUACCUACCCAUGGAAUAGAGGUCAGCAACCAGAACGAACUAAAAGUCGGUCUGACUUCUGUGAAUUCCAUCAAUUCCAUAGCCACACGACGGAUUUGUGUAGAGACCUAAAGAAGGUAUUGCAAGACAUGGUCAAUGAAGGAAAGCUGCAAGAAUAUGUGGUGCAACCAACAGCUCCACCAAUAACUGGGGCACCCAUACAUCGCGUGGGGAUCCCUCGCGAGGCGCAGUACUUAGGAUGCAAUACCAUCUCGCACUCGGAGAUUACCUCCCCUGUGCGAGAAGGAAACAUUACUGGAAGAAUGAACAAACGAGAAUUUAAAGGAGAUGAAGUCUUCAGUAUAGCCAGAGAACCUGCAAUGGAGGAGUGGAUGAGACUCCCUAUCAGCUUUUCAGCCUCGAAAACGCUGGAAGGAGGACUUAAUCACAACGAUCCUCUUGUGGUCUCUAUGUCCAUCACACUCCCCAAAUGCGAGGGUGAGGAAGUAAAAAACAAGGCUCUACCAUGGGCGAUGCCUAAAAUUCUAAUUGAUGGUGGCAUCUCUGUGGAGAUAUUGUUUUAUGAAACAUUCAAACAAAUGGGCCUCAAAGAUGAGUGCCUCAUACCAUCUACAUACAACAUAUUUGGCUUUAACAGGUCGUCCACUCGCCCAAGAGGGGAGAUAACACUAGAGAUCCGAGUGGGAAUAAUCCUUACCCUAACCACAUUCUGCGUGGUAGACGUGUUGUCACCUUACACAGCCAUUGUCGGACGAUCCUGGAUACAUGGAAUCAAAGGAGUGGCCUCCACAUAUCAUCAGAGGCUAAGAUUCCCAACACCCGACGGAGUGGCAGAAAUCAUUGGAGACUCUAGCGAGGCAAAGUAUUGCUACAAGAUGGAUGUGCAAAACGGCGAGAACAAAUUAAAUUCCCAAAGGCACAAGCAAGGAGAUCUAGAGGCAUCAAUAUCCUAG